UGUUGACAUUUUCUGAACCGGCAAAAUCGGAUCAGUGUGUGUGAAUGUGUGUGGGAUGUGCGCGGUCUUAAUUUUAGCUCUCUGACGUAUUGUCUGCACCAGUACUCGGCCAAAGACAGUCCCUUCAAGCUAUGAAGUUCUGUGAAACAACGCUAUCUGAAACAGCAACCAUGGAGUGAAGGUGCGAUGGCAAGAUGGCGAUCAACCCGAGGUCCGUUCGCUCCAUCGGGAUCUCGCUGAUCGUGUUCGGCGCGCUGAGCGUGAUCUUUGGCCUGACCUCCGACCUCAGCUUCCCCGACGCCUACCUGCACCAGGCCUCCGGGCCUAUCUGGAGUGGCGUGUUUGCUUUGAUUACGGGUAUCCUGGCUGCCUCCAUACACUAUGAGAAGGGGAACCGAUGCAUUAUGGUUGCCUUGACAACGCUCGGUACCCUCUCCGUCCUGCUGACGAUCGCCUCCUGGGUCAUGUCCUCAAUCGGCCUCAACGGACGGGACACGUGUCCAGUCAGCAGCUGCCUGGCCGUGAAGGCUCUGCAUGGGGUUUCCCUGGUGCUGUCAGCCGUGGAGACUGUGCUGUCCUUCGUGUGUGUGAUACUGGGCUGUGUGGGCAUAUGGUCUCCUCAGGACCACUCGGCCCCCCCACCCUACCCCCAGCAGCAGUUCUCCACCCCCACUCAGCAGCCUGUGGUCAUCGUGCAGGCUUCACCUGGUGUACCUGUCUCCUCACCUCCGCCAGGUGCUUCCCCAGGUGUUCAGUACGUGUACGUCCCCGUCUCAUCACCUGCCGGCCAGUCCCUGCACCCUAGCCCUCAUGCACAGGUCGUGCUACCCCAGGGUUCCUCACCACAACAAGCCAUCUACAUGGGUCAGAGGUCAUCGCCAGGUCAGGGGGCAGGGCCAUCACCAGGUCAGGGGUCAGCAUCUCAGGGUCAGAGGUCGGGUCAGGGGACAACAGGGAGAAGAAGAGGAAAGCCAGCACCCCCGCCGCCUUACGAGGCUACCGAGGGGGAAUCCAGGCAACCACCUAUCAACCCUGAGUUCUCAGGAAGGGUAUGAUAGGGUUUCCUGACAACAAAAAACUAUUGCAAGUUCUAUGGAUACGUCUGGCAAUAAGGAAGCUUUUAAGUAUAAUAAUGCAGCAUUUGCUGUGAGAAGAGCCAUGACAAAUCAGGGUCCUAAAAUGCAGUAAUUUAAACGUUUACAAAAAAAAAUAUAGACCUCAUUUGUCCACAGUGACUGCAAAAUCUUUUAGACCUUUUAUCAGCACAAUAUACAUGACCACUGCUGUAUGAGGAGGAAAAUUUUAUCUGACAUGUAUCAAGAUGAUUUAUAUAAUGCAAGGCAUUAUUAUUGUUGCAGUAAUGAAGACUGACUGAUCAAAGAAUUCUUCUAGAUAGCAGAUGCCUAAUGUUAAAGAUUUUAGAGCAAUGAUACAAUGCAAUGAACUUUAAUAUAUGAUCAAGAGAUGCUGCUGUUUUAGAUUUGUAGACUUACAAGCUACUUAUUUAAGAAGAAAAGGCAGUUUUUAUCAGUAAAUGUACCUAAAGGCAACUUUUCUCUGUGAUGUAUGACAAACAGUUUUG